UUUAAUCUAAUAAAUUGAUAAAUUAUUUUAAAACCAUUUUCUAGGAUAGCGUUUUGGAUAGUUGAAUUGUGUGAGAUUAGAAGGCGUUUGGCCAAAAAUCGGAGUAAACACGUCCUCCUUUUCGGCAGGGCAGACAAACUGCCGGUGUGUGGAACCAGAAGCGACAGAAUUGUUAAUGACAAUUGGGGAUCUGGAUGUGUAUAUAAUACUUAGUAAUGGAUGAAAGCAAUAAUCAUGAUGAUGAGAUGGUACAGACUUCAAGUCCAAAGGAGUUCACCACAAAUCAAGAUAAUGCAACAGAUGAUGUGGGGAUUGUAGAGACUUCAACUGAGAAGGAGUUUACUCCAAAUGGUCUUGAAGUUGAAGGACGCUCAAAUAUGGAACCUUAUGUGGGUAUGGAAUUUGAAUCAGAAGAAGCUGCUAAAGCAUACUAUAGCACAUACGCCACACAUUUAGGCUUUAUCAUGCGAGUAGAUGCAUUUCGACGAUCUAUGCGUAAUGGGGAGUUGGUGUGGCGUCGACUUGUCUGUAAUAAAGAGGGUUUUAGUAAAAGUAGACAAAGUCAGAAUGGAAAAAAAAAGUGCAGAGCAAUUAGGGAAGGAUGUAAGGCAAUGAUAAUUGUGAAGAAAGAACAAUCUGGAAAAUGGCUUGUUGCCAAAUUAGUGAAGGAACACAAUCAUGAACUGGUUGUCAAACCUGUUAAUACCCCUAAAGGUGCAAUCUUAUGUCAAACACCGGAUGAUAAAGAUGUCAAGAUCCGGGAAUUAACAGCAGAGUUACAGAAGGAGCGUAAAAGAUCUGCAGCUUUACAGGAGCAGCUAGAUAUGCUUUUGAAAGAUAUGGAGGAUCACUCAGAUCAACUGUCAAAGAACAUUAAUGGCAUAGUUCAAAGUGUGAAAGAAUUGGAAUCAAGAAAAAUUGUCUUUCCAAAUGUCGGAUAGCUUGUUUAGCCUUUUCCCCUUUCUUUCCAUUUUUCUUUGGAAAAUAGUAACAUAGGCCUGUAAAUUAUUCAGAUGUCUUAGUUAAACCUUUUGUACUGUUAAUUGAAACAGAAUCCUUUAUACUCUUGCUUUUUAAUUGUAAAAAUCCUUGUCAGUUACCAUCAGUGCGGUUUCAUGUGCAAGAGCAUUUUGGCAUGCACGUGUGGCCUAAUGGCAAUGAAAUGGGUGAAGAAGA